AUGUUAAAAAGGGAUGAUGGCGUUGAAUUUUACAAGGAGGAAGAAAAAGCUGAGCAUCUGUCCAAGUUCUUUCAGUCGGUUUUUAAGAGAGAAGUCGCUGUACCCGCUGAUCACUAUAAUGUGGACGAUUUCCCGAAAAUUGACUCAACGGUUCUCACAAAAGCUAUUGUUCAACAAGAAUUCCAGAAGCUAAAAGAGGAAACAUCGUCUGGUCAUGACGAAAUACCGACAGAGUCGUUGAAGGAAUUAGUCAUGCAAUUAGCAGAAACUCUGCGUCUCCUCCAAACCUCUCUUGAUGCACGCAGACUGCCUUCUGAGUGGAAGACUGCGUGGGUUUCACCGAUACAUAAAAGUGACAGUCGCGCUUCUGCAAACAACUACGGACCGGUAAGCCCCACCUCCAUAUACUGCAAAUUUAUGGAGCGAAUUAUCAAACGCGAACUGAUCCGGUUUUUAGAGCAACAUCAUCUCCUAUCCGAUGCGCAGCAUGGGUUCUGCAGACGAAGUUCCUGUUUGACCAAUCUACUCUACUGUCUUGAACAGUGGACCCGAGCGAUUGAUGAAGGGAACGUGGUGCGUGUAGCCUACAUAGACUUCAAGAAGGCCUUUGACAGCGUGCCACACCAACGUCUCCCAUACAAGCUCAGCCGCAUAGGCUUAAGAGACAAGCUUUUGAAGUGGAUUGGAAACUUUUUGAUCGGUCGUCCUCAUACUGUCCGUCUUGGUGGCCAGCACUCGGCAGAGGUGACGGUUACGAGCGGAGUACCUCAGGUCUCCGUUCCUGGCCGUAUCCUCUACCUCAUCUAUAUUGAUGACUGCAUCCAUGGUUUGGAUUGCGGCAUUGCUAUGUCUGCUGACGAUAUAGAGCUUUGGACCGUCAUCCGCAACGAGGAUGAGGAAGAAAAUCUACAGGCAAACUUAGACCGACUCGAAAAAUGGUCGGGUCACUGGCUCCUCCCAUUUAAUGUUACCAAAUGCAACAUUCUGAGGAUUGGCAAAGCUAGCUCUGCGCACCGGCAGAUGUACUAUCUAAAUCACACACCGCUGCCACUGGUAAAAGUUCAGAAGGAUCUAGGUGCGUGGAAAACAUCUUCAUCAAAACCAUCAUUCCACUGCUUGAAAGCAGCUAAAUCCGCAAUUUCUAGCUAAUAUCUCAUCAAGCAGGCAUUUGCGAAGUUCGACGAAGAGUGCUUUCGCAAGGUCGUCGGGAUGUUUGUGCGCCCAGAGUUAGAAUUUGCCAUUCAAGCCUGGAGACCCUGGUCUGUCAAAGAUCGUACCACCCUAGAAAAAGUCCAACGACGGGCAACCAAGCUUGUCAGAGGUCAUAAAAACCUACCUUACGAAAUUAGACUGUCAAAUCUUAACCUCGUUCCCCUGGAUUACAGACAACUACGUGGCGACCUAAUUCAAACUUUUCGAAUGCUACGGAGUCAGGAUUGCUGCCUCGCAUCCGGCGACUUCUUUGAGCUGGCCACCACUACUAGCUUGAGAGGACAUCCUCUGAAACUACGUGUGACAGGGGAGAGACUGGACGCAAGGAAGUCCUUCUGCGGCCACAGAGUGGUAAAGGCAUGGAAUGCCCUUCCUGUGGACGUCGUCAGGUCCUCAUCUGUGGACUCAUCUAAGAGAAAGAUCGACCAGUACAGGCGUAUGUACUUCCACGACAUCAGAACCUGACAAAUUUUCCUCUUUGCAACCCGUUUCAAAGUUUUACGUUACAAACAUGCUACUCCCUAUGUUUAAGUAAAAUUACUUUUUUGAAUUUUCACUGUCUUCUGACUGAAGCAUAUGCGCUUGCUCCGAUAUUACUUGGUCCAUUGAGUGCCGUACUGGUUAUUGUACAAUUUUGACAUAGAAGGCAUUCACAGACAAAUUUAUACCAGUGACCAAUGCUUUCUGUAUGUAGUUACUUACCUAAUUUUCUUUGACACUUGCUUUACGCAUUGCUUUCUUAUGACGUUAUUGUAACCAAAAGGGAGUUCAAAGGCGAUCGCCUACCUUUCCCUUAAUAAAUCUGAUCUGAUCUGAUCUGGUUUCAUGAGUUAGCCUACCCACUGUAGUUAAAAAUUCCGUUAACGUGUUAUUUUCCGUUAGGAUUAGAUGCGCUAGACCCUUGCUGGAUGCUCACUCUCUUUCCUCUCUCCCAGAGCCGACAGGGCGCAAUCAAGACACGGCGAAAAGCCAUCUUCCAACGAAUGCCACAUGCGUAUCUGACCCGGUUAAGGCCUAAAACCACGUUUAUGUCUUAUAAAGCCGACAGCCGUAUCCGUUUACGAUUCAGCGAGAACCAUCUCAGCAUCCUUGAGCCCAGGCGCUAUGCUCACAUUUGCUCCUCAACGCCAGCUGUCCUUCUCGUGGGUGGCCGCCAGGCUUAUGCUCCUCGCUUAUAAAAACAAAUUCAUUUUGUUUUUUCGUCAUCAUUCUUGACUCUUCUGUGCGAAAAGCACUACCAUCUUUCUUGGGUCUUUUGUUAUUCCUGUCAGAGACAGCACAACUUCUAAGUCUAGAACUUCGUUUGUCUUUGACAGGCAUUAUGUCAUAUCACUUACCCUUAUAUUAUUACUGUAAUGUUUAUGCGCAACGAUUUAUACCAGACGGUUCCUCUCAGGAGCCAAAGUGCAGGAACUGCUGUUCAGUUAUAUAGCACACGUUUUAGGAGUGACAGGUAAUUUUGCGUGCUUUGAUGCACGUGAUGUUUGCUCUAUGCGACCCCCAACUGGCAUCCAGGCCUCAUUUGUAGCUGCAUGAGGUUGUGUUCUCUGCAGCGGCCACACCCCGGUACCCGCUUUGUCCGGCAGAUAAAAGCAGACGGGCAGAACCAAUGGUGGGCCACGUCGUUUGCCAUGAUCCAACUAUCCUCUCCACUAAUGAGUUAUCAACUGAAACUUAAUAUGACAAAUACUGUGCUGUUCGCGCUUUAAGUCUUAUGCAUGUCUGCAGCUACUCCGUCUGCAUGAUCGCCCAGGGAAAUCGAUGCAUAUUUUCGCUUUCGAAUUUCGUUAACACCCAAUUUACAGAAGUGACGUUGUCAGUUGACCAUAUUGUUCUCUGAUCCAUUGGUGGAGUCUCCUGCAUUCUAGGUCGUCAGGAAUAGAUAUUCCGAGGUGAUAAUGGUGGAUUAAGUCUCUACAUUAGGUACUCUGAUCAUAACCUAAAAGCUGUGAAGCUCCUUUUGUCGGAAAAAAAUGACUGGGAGACGUGCAGCAGGAGUGUGAGCAGAUGACAAAUUAGGAGCGCUGAGGUAAUGACUUCCACUCCACGAGCAUAAAUUGAGAGGAGGAAAGAUAUGAUCAGUUUCCACUCAACAUGCAGAUGUUGUUUCCACGACGCAAGAAUUGGAGGUUGGGACGUUCUGUUAUCCUUUUAAAUAUAUAUAAUAAGAGGAUCAUUUCAAACGGCGACUAACAUGCUUAAAAUAAUUUCCUGAACUAGUAAUAACAUUAGGCAAAAUUCACGAGGUCAGCUAAAUGAUUAACGGUUGAGUCAGUCAACCCGAUUGAUAGGAAUAUAAUUUUCAACUCAUUCACACAGACCUGGGACGCAGUUUCAUCUUAACUACGGGAGCAAAACGGUGUGGGGUCCGCUGCCUUUGUCGUGGAUCAAGUAGAUAGCUCGAGCUUACCGUGAAAAGUCUGUGAUACACUGUUGUAGUCGUAUAAAAAUUAGUUGUCUGGACUUUUUACUAACAUUUAUGCCAUUUGUCCGAUGAACCAUUCAACAUCUUUCUACCGAUGACUAUCUGUUGGCUGCUUACGAGGAUUCUCUGGUCGCUUCGUUGAAGCCGACGAAUUCCAGCUCUAACAUUUACAUCAACUAUCGGAUUAAAUCCGACUUUUUUGUCUCUGAGCGUUAAUUUCUGAGAAAAUUUUGAAAAUACAUUUAACGGAUUUGUUCAAAGCCGUUGAAAACUGGCGUUGGCUUCACUUGCAGCCUCGCUAGCUGAGGCUAAAUGUCGGGUGAUGUGCUCUCAACACUAAAACAGUAUACGACCCUCGGCCGUGUGGGCACUUAAGCUGAGGUUCAAGGCUAACAGUAACUUCAUACGUUGUUCAGGGAAAAUUCAACUACGGCGGUAUUCCGGGCACUCAGUUCCCAGAAAUCACACAUAAUGUCCAGGGUUUCUAUGCCUAUUCAAAAGGAAUGUAAAAAUGACGGUCUGUGAAAAUCUCAUGAUAGAAAUAGAAAUUUCUGUCUUACGAAACUACAGGUAUUUCCGAAAACUGCAAGUCCAUUUUCGUGCUAACUGUUCUUCCCUGGAAUUGAACUUUUCCGUAAGCCUAGCACAAUUUGCUCUGCUAACUAGAAAACGAUAGCGGUGGAACAAUUAAGUGCACCUGCGCUCCAGUGCGGCGACAUAUAUCUAAUGGUAAAAGUGCUCGUCAAGCUUCGACAAUUUAGCUCAUUGUAUGCCAAGUAGGCAACAGUAAGUAAAAAGACAACUUGCCAGAUUUCCGGAGGGCUUAAAUUCCCCUUAACAGCCAGCUGUGUUGUUCAAACUUUUCCUGGAUACUCUUCAUAGGGGAUGAAUUAUAUCCCAGGGUGACCAAAAUCCUUAUUUAAAAAUAGCUAAUUCUUCAUAAUUCGAUUCAACGUUGAAAGUGUUAGGUUUCGGUGGAGUGCCGACAAAGACACAGGAGACUGGGAAGGAAAUUUCUGGCCAAGUAGCCUUCUCCAGCCGGCCAUACCGGUCCCAAAUUUGGAUGACGUAUGUCAUCUAGAUCCGAGCUCCAAUCCCAUAUGGGGUUAGAGCUAGGAUUCUUCGGUUAUUGAACGCUUAGUCCAACGUCUUAACAUUGAGUCACGGGCCCACUUCCUACAAUGGUCUUAGAAUUCUUCAUGUGUUUGCUGAAGAAAUCCUGCUGCUGCGCUGUUGCUGUUAGACCUUGGCGAAAAUGCUCCUUAAGCCGUAAAGAUCACGAAAGGUGGUCUUCUUUUUCGAUUUUUCUACAGAGCGAUGCCGUAAUUGAAUAUCUGCUGCUACCGACUCACCUAUGAACGUUGAGAGAUUACUUAGUCGCAUUUUGAAUAGAAGUUACUUGCAUAUUCUAUUACAAACCUAAGUAUCAUUCUCCUCCUAGAAUAAUCAAUGCUAUCUCAAGUCAAAAUAGUCCGAAAUUUCAAGAUAUCAAAAAAAUACUCUUAUAUCUGGGUAGUAUAGAAAGAAAUUCGGGGUAAUUUGUACAGCGCUGAUCUGGACGUAUUGUGCUUCCAUUUAAUCAAUCAUAACGCAGAUUAAAAGGGUUUAAGUCAGUUUGUUAAGGAAAUGAGGUUUCUGCCCUUGAGCUUCGUUUUUAUGUCUAUAAACAGCAAUAGAAUCAAUCACUACACCAGUAAAUCUGGAUACUAAAAAGUUAGUGGUAGGUCUCAGCCAGACGCAAACUGCCGCCACUAACAUAAUCGGGAUUAUAUGUACUGUAGUUCCUCAAAGUAUAAACAUCUAGUCUGCACUUAAAUUAUUCCACAGUUUUAGAAAGAACCGCCGCAUCAGGGAGUCCGUUACAUGCGCCGAUGACCCUCUGCGAGAAGGCGGUUUGUCGGACGUCCGUAUGGGACAGCUUCCUCGAGAGUUUAACGGGAUGACCAAACAGAUGGUCUGUCCCAGUCAAUUUGAAGAAUUACUCAAAGUCUAGGGCACCCUGACGACCUCUGACAAUGCGCAGGUUUGAAUGAGAUCACCGCGCAGUUGCCCGUAAUUCAGAGGAACUAGACUACGGUGGUGGUGGUGGUGGUGGUGGUGGUGGUGGUGGUGGUGGUGGUGGUGGUGGUGGUGGUGGUGGUGGUGUUGAGCGCGCAAUGCGACGAGGCCUGAUUAAGGCUGGGCGUGGUGGGUGUGAAGAAUGCAUUCGGCGUGAUGGAGCUGGUGGCGGCGGACGCGCAUUCAUACCGACCGCACACGCAAGCGCAUACACAGAGACCAGACUCCAUCAUCUGGUUUUGCCUGUCGGUCAAGGAAAGAUACCGCGGUGUCUGUUGUCGCCGUGCUAAAUACAUGGUUGUAUCGUCAUGGAUCAGCUUGUAUGUGCGCCAGGACCGGGCGAAGUUAAUGCCUUUAUUUGAUUAACCGAUGAAUUUCGUGAUUGUCAGUGAACCAUUUAUAAGUACCUGCCAUCACACUAGCGGACACAGACCUGUCCGACCCAGUUGGCGACGCCUAUGUACAUCUUCGCUCAUUCUAUUUGCCGGCAGUCUAGUAUCGGCAGUUCAUAUUAGUCAGAGUUCCUUCAGUCACAACUCAUCCAGCCCUGUUUAAAAAUAUGGAAUUAUCCUACGGCGACAAUCUCUUUCCUUAGCAACGACAACCCUUACACCUCUAUGCCUGUCACGUAUUUAAAGCAGGGAAUAUGAUGUGUUAGCAAUCUACAGUCGAAAGACAUUUAAUUAAAACAGACUGCAUCCUGUCUUACAAACGUAGUUGUGUCCGCACUCUAUUCCAAAGAGUCGAAACACACUACAGCCCACCAGAAGAUCAAAGGGCUGAACGAUUAUAUCUUGUGAACCUAUUUGCAGCCAAUGGUUAUCCCAGGCAUUUCCUCGAGAGAAGCAGACGUUGGGCGCCCAGACAACGGCCAAAUGAGCAGCAACCCGAAGUCUGGAGGGCCAUUCCUUACGUUAAAGGGGUCUCUGAAGCGGUCUCGCGCCUGUUACAUUCCACCAGAGUAGGCAUAGCCCAUCGACCACAAGCAACAAUUCGACGUCGCCUGAUGCAACCUAAAGACCCAUUGCACCCGCUGAAACCUCAGCAGUCAUCUACAAAAUAAAUUGCAAUGAGGGCGACGGCAACUAUUUGGGCGAAACCGAGUGGAAGUUGCAAACUCGUCUAAAGGAACACAAAGCGGCCACUCGGAGGUUAGACCCUAACUCUCAACUAGCUACACACGUUGGAGAAACGGGGCAUAUUUUUGACCUCCAGAGGGCUACCAUCUUAGGCCGAGGCAACACAAAAACAGAACGGCUAACUCUCGAGGCGUGGUUCUCCGAUGCCCACUCUAUCAACAGGCAUCUGGACCUUCCUGCAGCUUACAAAGUCCUACGUCGUCACAAUCGUUGAGCUCAGGGCCAAACAACCACACUGGACUUAAGAAGGCCGCACGGAGAUAGCCCGACGCUGAGUUUACUCGGUGAGGAAGAAGAACCGCCAGACCGACCGCCCAACUAAAGUCCAAUCAGUUCCCCUCGACGGAGUAGUGACUCACAAAGCACACAGGGAAAACGCCCGUCAACCAUCUCCCGAGAGGCCGAGGCGGCGACAGGAGGAAAAAUCGAUCAGCAUGAGGCCGGCCAACACAACUGCCACUUUAAAUUAAAUUUCUGAUCGAUUAAGUGCAUUUUACGCUUUGACAAUGAAGAGCCGACCCAGCUCUUUGAAACGUCAGCACUUAAAUAAACCUUUUCCGGAGAGCCUGUCUUCGUCUUCAAAUAAAGGGUUUCACAUAACUAUGCAUGACGUGCCAAUACCAUGGUUAAAUUCUCGCCUUCCUAGGCAUUUUCAGGUGAUUUUACAUCGCCUGCGAUUGUGCCUGCGAAGGUAACAGACAAUUCAAAUUCUCGGCCUUCUAGGAUUUUUCAAGUCACUUUGUUUCGCCUGUGAGGGUAUCAAGCAAAUGAUAAAAUGGCAGCGGGAAAUUCAAAUUUCGUAAAUCGAUUUUUCAAGUCACUGUGUUUCGCCUGUGAGGGUAUCAGGCAAAUGAUACAAUGGCAGCGGGAAAUUCAAAUUUCGUAAAUCGAUUUUGUACCAGACUACAUGUCGAUCGAUGUUAGCGCGUUUGAAUGUGACAAAACAGCUUGCGCGUCAGAAUUCACAGACUGGCAAUGGCGAGCGCUACCUCGACUGCUUUGCUGAAUUAUUCAAGACGCGGCACUCAGACGGCUGGCCAGAUGGGACAAGAAGCACUCGCCUAUGCUGUCUUCCAGCGGUAAGUGCUGCAUCCGUUCAUCGUUGUCGCAAUACUAAAUGCAGGUUGGACUGGAAUUCGAGCGUGGUUAAGACAAUGUCUUGUGUUGCACUGUUCUCAGGCUCCCGUCUCUGAGUCUGAGCACUAUAGUAAAAUUGAGGCUAGAUGGAAGAUGAUCCAGUAGACACUUGUAGUGGUUAUUUGGUUGCCGAGCAGGAAAUCAUGCUAAGUGCCCCAGACAAUGUGGACGCUGUCAGACACCAACAAUGUUUCUGCCUACUCGAUUAGCCACAUGAUUCAGGCCAUAUACGGAAGGUUGCAAGUUGCGCAAAUGUGAGGCGACUUGACUUGCAUUACGACACGCCAUCAGGCACUCCCUUCCGUUUUUUCCGGACUGCUAGUAAUCGGAUACGUUAGAGCUCCUGUUGAGUGGCCAGGUGUCACAGCAAGGUGAGUCGCCUGUUUUCCCCGUAAGUCCUCAGGACGGAUGCUAAUGAUGAUGUUGGCAAGUUAGGGCAUUUUUCAUUCCAUUGCCCGCUUAAAGCUCCUAAUAAAUAUGCCUCCCGUAUAUAUCGCCCAGGGCGUCCCGCGUCUCCUGGUCGAGAUGGUCAAGGCUCUGCGUGUACGCGGCGUAAGCAUGGAGGGAAUUUACAGUGUGUCAGAUCGCGCCUCUUGGAUUUAAGAAAUCAAUUAGCUGGCCAAUUCUGUAAUUCACUUACCUCAUUAUCCUAUACAUGCAGUGAAACAUUUUACAACACGUGUUAUGGAGAGUACAAGCAGCGUAGGGCCACGGCCUAAGGCGCUGAACAGGGGACCAAGCCAGCGGCAUGAGACACGUGUGAAGUUAGACGGCCGACCGGCAUGCACUGCAGCGUCGAGCACGUGUGGUGGCUUUGCACGUGCGCGGCCCAAUCGAUGGCUGGUCGAACAUUCAAGACGUUACCACCGGGGGGCUAUCGCGCACACGCCAUUGGACGGAAUGUUCUAGAACUCACGGGAGCCACUAUAAAUAGCGCACCUUUCUUACUAGAGAAACCCCCUCGUGUCCGCAAGUUUCCAAUAAAGUGCUCGUCGUCCGAACCGGCUCUCUUCCUUUCCUACCUUCUUUCCGGGCGUUACCGACACGUGACAUGAUGCUGACUUGCGUCUGCAUUAACAGUCAUCGGGCUCUUCGUUUCCCUGUUUCCCGCAGGCUGCCCACAAUCGGUCGCUUUGGGACCCGUGUUCGUUGGCUCGUUGUUGGAGCAGGCAGAGUCGCCGGAUCACUCAGUAAGUCCUCUGGAAGCAUGAUGAUGCUGAUAUGGACCAGUUACGACAUUUUCCAUUCCAUGUUCCGCUUAAUCCUGCCACUAAACUUCUUCCUGUUGCAUUAACCAGGGUGCCCCAUGGCUGUUGGUGGAGAUGGCCAAUGCUCUGCGCAUACGUGGCUUUAGGAUGGAGGGCCUUUAUCGAGUGCCAGGCCGCAUCUCCAAGGUUCAAGAAAUCCUACAGCUGGCCAAAUCUCAUCACCUAUCUCACUAA